AUGGGUCGAAGCCCUUGUUGUGACAAGAGCAAAGUGAAGAGAGGGAGUUGGUCUCCUGAAGAAGAUGAAACUCUCAAGAGCUAUCUCCUCAAACAUGGCACUGCAGGAAAUUGGAUUUCUUUGCCACAAAAAGCUGGUCUUCGUCGUUGUGGAAAGAGUUGUCGUCUUAGAUGGCUUAAUUACCUAAGACCAGAUAUUAAGCACGGCGCUUUUACACAAGAGGAAGAAAUUAUUAUUUGCGAUUUAUACAACAAAAUUGGAAGCAGAUGGUCUGUGAUAGCCUCAAAACUGGAAGGGAGAACAGACAAUGAUGUGAAAAACUACUGGAACACAAAGUUGAAAAAGAAGGUCCUAUCCUCGGACAAUAACACCCCUCCCACUACUUGCAAUCCCCAAAAUGCCCCUCCCACCGUAAGCCUCGAGCAAACUACGUCCUUGACAAACAAUGAAAAUUCCUCGACUGCUAUUUCAUAUCUGCCCUCAAAUUACAGCGUCGGCUCAUCAGGUUCUGAUAAUACUUUUGAAUUUUACAAAUCCCACCAAGAAUUGAGCAGUUUUAAGCCAUUUGGUUUUGGUGGAAUUUCAGUUGAUGAUGAAAAUUCAUGUGAAGUUAUUAUGAGUAGCAUUUGGUCUCAAGAUGAACCACUUUUUGGAGCUGAUGAUGAUAGUAACGCAGAUUUGUUCAGCAUUUUCCAUUGUUAAUUCCAAAGGAGCGAGUCGAGGUCAACACGGAUAUAUAUAAAUUAUGAAGGAGAGAGAAAAGAGGGAGUUGAUUGUUUUGCAUGUGUUUGAAUGGUUAUGAUGAUGUCAUGGGCAUGAACAAAUUGAUGUAAGCAAAAGAAAAUUGAGGAUUGUCUUGUUUCUAUUUCCAUUUAUCAAGUACUAGUACGUAACCCAUGCGAUGCACGGGAUGUAAAAUUUGGAAGAAUAAUA